AUGACUGAAGCUACCGAAUCAAUCAGACUACACAUCUGUCCUUUCACCCCAGACAUCCUUCCGUCUGUGCUUCCAGCAUCGGUUCGCAACUUGGCCACGGACGUCUCCUUCCACGAAAUCGCUACAUUUCCAGAGAACAAUUACGGAUACGUCACGCUACCGAAAAUGGAAGCCGAAAAAAUCAAGAAGAAGUUGAACGGGGCCAUGCUCAAGGGAAAGAAGUUCAAAGUCGAGGCCGCUCGCCCGCAAAAAAGACAUCUUGAACUAGAAGACCCGGUGCCUGAAACCGAUGGCUCUAAGCAGAAGUCCAAGAAAUCCAAAAAAUCCAAAAACGAAGAGCCAGAGGAUGGCGUGGUGGAGGGCUUCGAGUUGCCAGAAGGCCGCAAAGUAAAGAGAGGCUGGACAGAAUCCAACGACGCCAAGCAGGAAAGACGCAAGUCGGAAAAGAAGGAAAAGAAAGACAAGGAAGCAAAAUUGCAGCCCAAGUCCAAGUACACCGACAAGUCCGAGUGCCUGUUCCGAGCAACAAUCCCACCCAACCGAGCAGCCGACGCAGCAGCCGACGAUAAGAAAGCCAAAAAGAAGAAGACGAAAGAUAACGUGGUCCACGAGUUUACCAAACUCACCACCCAGCCGAGUUUCUUACGUACCACCCAAGAAAGCGUACCGCCUACGGCUACAUUCGAAGAAGGGAAGGGCUGGGUUGAUGCCGAGGGAAACUUGAAAGAGGCAGCCAACGAGAAGAUCAAAAAAGAUAAUAAACUGCCUGGCCAGGUCGCAGGUGCCAAGGAAAAGCACCGAGCCACCAAGUCUGCAGACAAGAAGAAGCGCUCUCGCAAGGAACCGACCCCCGAGGAGUCUUCGGAAUCUGAGGAUUAUACUUCGUCCAGUGGAUCGUCUGCCGAAGAAAGUAGCGAUACGGAUAGCGAGGAGGAACAACCUGAAAAAUCAUCAGCUUCUUCCGAUUCUGAAGAAGAAGAAGAAGAAGAAGUCAAGCCGCAAGCUGCUCAAGAGGCAACAACAAAAUCCUCAGAUACCAGCGAAUCCGAAUCCGAAGCCCAAGCCGAAGCCCAAGCCGAGCCAACCAAGGCAGACUCCGAAGAGCCAACCCCGGAGACCCCUGCGACGGAGGACCUACCCGCCAAGGAGGUUCAUCCGCUAGAAGCUCUUUUCAAGCGUGCAGCGCCCACAGCGUCCGAAGAGCAGCCAAAGACAGAGCCCGAGGCUGGAUUCAGCUUCUUUGGCAAUGACAUUGAAUCUGAGGAUGAGCAGUCUGAGCCGCAGCCACCUUUCACACCUUUCACCAAAAAUGACCUGCAAAACCGUGGCCAGCGCAGUGCGGCUCCUACACCCGACACUGCUGCUGCCACCCGCCAUACCAAGUGGAAUGAGGAAGAGGACUCGGAUGAGGCUUCGAUUGACAGCCCCGUGAAGGCUCGCACCAGUGACGACAAUGAAGAAACCGAAUUCGCCAAGUGGUUCUGGGAGAACCGGGGAGACAACAACCGCGCAUGGAAGAAGAGGAGACGUGAUGCUGCCAAGGAGCAGAGACAGAGAGACAACCGAAAGAAGGGCAUCAAGGGCAGGUCCUAA